CCUUCUUCUUCGUCGUCUUAUGCUUCACGUCGCCCGUCGUCCUCACACAUAUUGUCGCUCGUUGCCUGCCCUUCAAUGCCCACGCCUCCCAAUCCACGUCUGCAUGCGUUCGCCGUACCGCUACCUUCGCUGAAUCAUGGCCAUGGCCACAGCCACGCAGUCGACCCCAUCCGAGUCUCCAUUCGACAUCCCCCAUGAUGAUAUGGCCGCGCUCGCGGCGUCGCCCGGUUUCCAGGUGCUGCGGCACUACCUAGCCGACAAGACGGACAACAGCUUCUGUGAACACCAUUCUGCCUUCCCGGACACUCAUCCAACCUGGAUAUUGCAUCGCGACAUUCUGCACGCACUGAAUAUGCCCGUAUUGCAGCUGUUUAGGCGUGCGUCGGCCCUUGCCCACGCGGCACUCUGCACUCAGAAGCCCGAGGACCUUGAGCUAGCCUUCCAUGGGGAUGCACGCAGCGCGUUCCUCUGGCUGCAGUGCUUUGUGACGGAUGAGGUGGACUGGUGUUGUACUCGCGGCUGUCCAGCCUGCGUCACCGCUGCAACCAUUAGCACCGAAUCACACAUCCGUCUCACGGUUACUUCAUCCCUCCUCUCAACUUCGCCGGCUUCGUCGCCUCCUAGUGAUGCUCUUCCGAGCUCAGAGCCCGUUAGCCCCACCACUCCUUCAGGACUGUCUCUACCCCCACUACCACACAUACUCCCAGCGCUACGUGAGGCCCUUGUCCAAGAUCCAUUUUGGGGUCCAGACUACUGGCCUUAUCUUCUCUCACGCGCCAAUCUUCUCUCCGCGGGUGUUCAUGGCCUCAUACACGAGUGUGGUGAGCUUGAAGCUCUAGUGUCGUCUCCAUCGCCCAGAAGCACGGCUCCCAAGCAACGUGCUGCUCUUCUUCGAGAUGGGGGGCUGCAUGGAGAUGGUGAAGGCACUGGUACUAAGUUGAGAAAAUCCAAAUUAGCAAAGCGGCAACUGAGAAUGAAGGGCGAGGAGAUGGAGUUGCUCCAACGCGCGGCGCUGCAGUGUUGGGGUGCUGUUGCUGUGCCUGCCGAUCUCCGGAAGCAGACUCUUCGGAGAGGAGAGCGGAGGGUCAGAAGUCUGACUUGUCCUUGAAGUUCGAAGACAUUUACGUGCCCUUUUGGGAUCAAUUUGUCCGGCACACGCACGUCGAUAUUUUGGACGCGCACAAGCGCUGCAUUUGGGGUCAGGGAAGGUUUGUUGAAAUUCUAUGGAUACCACAGCGAGGUGCGUCGAGCCUCUACGCUACUUUUCUCUUAUGUCUCUUUUGUCAGAGGUUUGGGCAGUCUUGGAUUAGACAAGAUUCGCGCUUCCAUAUCAUUAAUUGAGUACAUGCUUAGAUACACCUCUUAAACUCGCGUCUGUCUAAAUGCGUGUCAAAUUGUUGCUGGGAGGUCUGUGCUUCAAAGCAGGUAAACUCCGACCAAGCCACCCCCUAAUAGAC